CGCAAGUUGGCUGUGGGCGUAGGGCGAUUAGGACAAGCCACUACUACGGUGCGUGCGUGUGUGUGUGUGUAUGAUUCGUUCCGUGCAGGCUUCGGCUUUCCUAGCUCUCACCUCCCCCAAGCAAGCAAGCAACCGCCUUAUCCGGCUUUGACCAAGCCGUUCGCCGCCGGGUGAGUUCGUCCGCCCAUCAAGAUGGGGCCGGAGCCUCCUCUCCUGCCAAUUCCGUCAUCGUCGUCGUCCCCUUCCUAGCCAGCACGCGGCCACAAAGCUUUACCUAGUAGGCAGCGGUCCAUACGGGUGGACGAAUCCAUGCGGUUUUCAACGGUUUGUUUAGCCCCCGGUCUCCCACCUCCGCCUCUGCUUCCAUCGUCUCCCGCCGCCACCAACCGUGUCUGAUUGGUCGUUGGUCGCAUAAUUCGCCAGUAUAUAUGUAGCGAAUCAUUGUGUCUGAAUUCCCGCAAGGGACAGCGAGGUAGCAGUUCGGGUUUCAGCUCGAGCUCGAGCUCGUCCCGUGGUGAUGGAGAAGGGGGUCAGAGGGAUGUCCUGCCGGGCCGCGGUCUGCGGCAUCGUCGUCCUGCUCUGUGCCACCGCCUUCUCAUGCUCCCUCGCCGCCGAGUUCCACAGAGUCAAGGAGAAGGACUUGAAGCUCGACGGCAGCCUCUGCUCCUUGCCCAAGAGCUCCGCCUUCGAAUUGGGCGUCGCGGCCAUCGCCUUCCUCUCCGUCGCGCAGCUCGUCGGCACCACCGCGGCGGCGACCUCCAUGUGCGCCUCCAGCUCCAAGCCCAACAAGUCAGUCGCCGGCGGAGGCCGCGUCGCGCCCGUCGCACUCCUGGCCCUCUCAUGGGUGUGCUUCGCGCUGGCCGUGAUCCUGCUGGCGACCGCGGCGAGCAUGAACAGCGGGCAGCGGUACGGCCGGGGGUGGAUGGACGGCGACUGCUACGUCGCCAGGAACGGCGUGUUCGGCGGCGCCGCCGCGCUGGUCGUCGUCACGGCGCUCCUCAUCCUCGGCCUCACCUUCGCCACCAAAUCCGCGGCGGCAGGCUCGAGCACGACGUCGUGCGCCAGAGGAGACGCCGCCUGCACAACUACCAUCCGUGUCGACGCGGCAACAGGCGCGGGCGCGGAACGGCCGGGCGGGCGAUCCAAGCAAUGAUCGACCGGACACGAGGGUGGGGCGGGCCAACCGGUGAAGGGAUCGUUGGCACGCUUCGCUGUUCGUCCCGGAAAGGCCAAGCCGAGUGGAGCCAUCUUCUUCUUCUCUUUUCUGCUCUCGGGUGGGGCAUCUUGGUAGGCUGGCAAAGCAGAGAAAGGCGAUCUCGGGAGUACUACCGGUGGAUAGGAUGGGAGGGACACAGAGUCACAGACACAGUACAUAGAAUUACUGACACAUUUACUGACAUGGCCGUGCAAAUUGUAAAUGACAUUACGGAGCUGGUAACAAGGAAAGAUCCUCAAGGAUCGUACAGAAAAUAGCAGAAA